GUUACCAUAACAAAUGAGAUUAUGUUUUAAUUACGCCCAGCUAGGCUGCAAUAAACCUACUUGUCACGUGUGACUUUGUGAACAUAAAUAAUGCAUACGGUAUCUGUGGACAUCUGUAGUCUUAUCACAGUGGAACAUGUCAGUGGGAACUGAAGUUGUGUUCGUCAGUACUCCGACAAUCCAGGAUAUAUUUCUCAACGGAUAACCUCCCUGAAGUGUUGUAUGUUGUGAAGUUAAAAUGAUUUGUCUUAUCAGCUGCAGGAUUCACAGCAUAUGUCUUCUAUAUCUCACCCUUGUUGCCGCCAACGAGAAGACAUGCUCCCCCUUAAGUCAACUACCUGUGAUACAAGGUUCAAGGCUGAAGGGUGUUGUCAUUGAAACAUUCACCACUGCAGGCAUUGUUAGCUGUGCAAAGGAAUGUCUUCUAAGAACUAUGUGCAAGUCUUACAACUUUCAGCUUGAUGACGGAACAUGCGAGCUGAGUUGUGAGGAUGGAUCUGCAAGUUCCUUGGAAACAGCGCCAGGCUUUGUGUUCUCUAAGUCGGAAGAUUGGCCACAGGGAAUACUAGGCGGUUGUAAAGACCACUCCUGUCCUAACAACACUGUGUGCCUAGAAGCAGAUGGCGGCGAAGUGAAGUGUAUCCUUGCGUACUGCAGGGCCCCACCGACUGUAGAAUACGUCGAUUCUUCAGUCGUCAGACAGUUCACUCGGAUAAACCAUUCUUUGAGGUGCCAAGUGGGAUUUGUGCCGUGUGGAAACAUGACAUGUAAGCCGGAUGGAACGUGGACCACGAUGACAUGCUUGCCUGUGUCCAACUGUUCCGAGGUUCUGCAACUCAGUUCCACGAACACUGACGGAGAGUAUUGGCUGUAUCCAAGGCAACUAGAUGGAGUUAGAGUGAAGGUGUACUGUCAUGCAAUGAACAGUACACCCUCUGAGUACAUCUCACUUCCUACACCAUAUUUCAUGGAUGCACCCAGCCUAAAAAAUUACUACUGCACUGGAGAAAGUCCUAAUGAUAAACCACAGCUCGGAUAUUUCGUAUUUUCAAAGUUUGGCUUGGACAUUGAGAAAAUGGAAGUUAAGCCCAGAGAUCAUGUCUUCUACAACAAGACAACCACGCUGGAUGCUCUUGUGGGAGAAGUCCGAGACUGCUACGCCCAAUCAGACAGCACAUGUGGAAGAAGAGGACGGGCGGUAAUGGACCUGAGAGGCACUGGGCUGGCUCUUAACGAAACCGUCAUGUGGCGGCAGACUGGAGGAGUACCGAUUGUGACAAGGUCAUCAAAUGACCAGUUGAUUGAGAUUCGGUGUGGAGGAUGGUGUGGUCAUUGCUAUACAGAUGGUAACGCUCUCCUCACCGUAUUUGAAUCAGAUGCUCCCAGGGAAGACAGUGCUAUUACCCCAACGUGUGAUGUGUAAGUGACUGAACGCUAUUUUCGCAAGCGUGCAUACAUAGUUCAGAUUGUGAAGGGAUUUAAAUGUUUGUCUUAAUUAAGCACCAGUGCAGCAUUAUAUUUUUUAAACCACUCCACGCUUGGUCACCACAAUGACAUCACUGGUAUUGGUUAGCCUGGGGUUGGUGAGAACCAGCAUUCACAUGGAGGCCGUACAAGGUUGAUCUUGUUUGGGGUUCUUUUUUCGUUUUGAUCAGAUGACCUUGACCUCGUUAAGUUCAGAUUGGGACUUCUUUUUCAUUAAUAAAUAAUGUUCAUACUUUUAUCGGCGUCUCUGUGUGCGGCACUGCUUGUGGAAGUGUUUGUCAAUGAGCAUGCAUGAUCAAAUCACACAAACUAGACUUUUCGGACGAAAACGUCGUGGAGGUUUGCUUGACGUUUGAUUUGAUCUCACGGAACAUUCCAAGCGUGAAAAUUACAUACUGUUUUGAUUUUUAUCGUGAAACGUAUGUGCCAGUUGUGUUUUCUUACUCUGACGGUGACUUUAUCCUGUGGUACGACGUAAAUUGUACUAAAAUCUCAAAUUGUAAUACUUGCAUCAAGUUGUAAUAACCCUUGACGUAAAUUGUACUAAAAACGUAAAUUGUAAUACUUGCAGCAAGUUGUAAUAACCCUUGAC